AUGUCGCGCACACCGAGCCAUGUCUUAGUCACUGGCGCUACAGGAUUCAUUGGCGCGCACGUCGUAGAUGUUCUCCUGUCCCGAGGGCUCAGGGUCCGCGGAGCCACCCGAUCUCUCGCCAAAGGGAAUGCCAUGAUCAAGGAUCGGCCCGAGUACGCCGGCAAGCUCGAGUUUGUCCAAAUUAGUGAUUUUGAGAAACUUGGUGUCUUCUCUGAAGCCAUCAAAGAUGUCGACACCGUGGUUCACGUCGCCAGUCCAUUUACCUACGACACCAAAGACAACGAGAAGGAAUUGAUUAUACCAGCCAUCAACGGUGUCCGCUCUAUCCUUGAAGCAGCCGUCACCAAUCCCAAGAUCACUCGAGUGGUCAUUACUUCCUCCUUCGCCUCAGUCCUCGACGUCAACCGCAAGGCACCACCAUACUUUACAUACACGGGGGAAGAUUGGAACCCCUUGACCUACGAAGAAGCCGCAUCUCCGGAAACAAGCGCCGUAGUUGCAUACCGAGGUUCCAAGAAAUUCGCAGAAAAAGCAGCGUGGAAUUUCAUACAGGAGCACAACCCCCGCUUCGACAUCGUGACGCUGUGUCCGCCAAUGACGUUUGGUCCCGUGGUUCACCCCGUAAGCAGCGCCGACAAACUGAACGAAUCCAACGCAAUGCUGUGGAAGAUUGCAAGCGGACAGAAGCCCCUGCCUGUUGCUCGAGUCCCAUUCUGGAUUGAUGUCAGAGAUCUUGCGGUGGCGCACGUGGAAGCGCUCUUUAGACCGGAGGUGGGUAACAGGAGGUUUGUUCCGGCCGCUAAGGAUCGCUUUUCAUAUGGUCUGGCUGCCAAGAUCAUUGAAGGCAACUUUGAUUGGGCCAAGGGCAAGGUCGCGCGGGAAGAACAAGCGAUCGACACUUCGCAUGGACUGGAUGGGGAGACGGUCGUGAGAGAGCUGGGCCUCGAGUACCGAACUUUUGAUCAAACGGUCGUCGACCUCAUUGACCAGGUUACGAAAAUGGAAGGCGGGACAGCUGUCGCCAUGAAGGUAUCAGUGGUCUUGCUAGCGGCCUGCGCUGCUCUUGUUCAAGGACAUUGCAUCUUCCAGAAAGUCUCCGUAAAUGGCAAAGAGUACAGCUCCCUCGCAGGUCUCCGAGCACCCAACCAAAACAACCCAACUGAAGACGUGACCUCCCAAGACAUCAUUUGCGGAAAAGUCGCAACAUCCUCCCAGGAAGUCAUCACCGUCGCCCCCGGAGACAAGAUCGGCUCCUGGUGGCAACACGUCAUCGGAGGCGCCCAGUACCCCGGCGAUCCAGACAACCCAAUCGCAAAGUCUCACAAGGGCCCCAUCACCGCCUGGCUCGCCAAAGUCCCCAGCGCUUCCAGCACCGGGAUCACAGGGCUGCAAUGGUUCAAGGUCGCCGAGGAUAAUCUGGACACGAGCUCUGGGUUAUGGGGCGUCGAUAAGAUGAUCAACAACGGAGGUUGGAGCUACUUCAACUUGCCGCAGUGCAUUGCGCCAGGGGAGUACUUGCUGCGUGUUGAGUUGCUGGCUCUCCAUUCUGCUCAUCAGGUGAAGGGUGCGCAGUUUUAUAUUUCGUGUGCGAAUAUUAAGGUUACGGGCUCAGGAAGCUUCUCACCUAGCUCGACUGUGAGCUUUCCGGGCGCGUACCAGCAAAGCGACCCUUCCAUCUACAUCAACAUUUAUGGUACUGGUGGCCUUCCAAACAAUGGGGGCAAGGCGUACUCCGCCCCUGGACCGAGACCGAUUACAUGCUAG